CACUCUGCAAGUACUCCACAGCCUUCGCAGACUCACUCAAGCGUUCCAAACCAAAAGCACAGAAAGCAAAGAAAAGAAAAGAAAACAUGGGAAGCAGAUUGGGAAGACGAGUGGUACACAUGGCGAACCUCCCAAUCAAGCUCCUAAUGCCCAGCACCUUCACCAACAUCCAAGAGAUCGCACUCAAGACCAUCCCGUCGGCGUCCAAGAUCGAAAUCAAGCGCGUGCUCGAGUCCCUUUACGGCUUCGAGGUCGAGAAGGUCCGCACCCUCAACAUGGAGGGCAAGAAGAAGAAGCGCGGAGGGAUGUUGAUCGCCAAGCCCGACUACAAGAAGGCCUAUGUAACUCUGAGAAACCCGCUCUCAAUCUCGCCGGAGCUCUACCCGAUUCGGAUCAUCGAGGAGGAUAAGCGGCAACUGAACAAGCAGUCCAAGUCGAGCGUCGUGGAGGACGGCGAGGGCAAGAGGCACUGGCUCGACGAGAAGCCUAGGGCUAAUGAGAUUGGAGGUCAGCGACCCGGCGAUCGCGGUCGUCGCGGCGAGCACCAGCGUGGCGACGUGGCGAAGUUUCCGUGGAGCAGUAUGAGGUCUGCUGCUGGUGCGAGGUAGAGUUCUGAGAAAAUGAUAGUGAUUGAUGUGAUGCUGGUUGUGUAAUGGUUUUUGAUUUGUGAACCUUUUGUAGAUUAGAAUAAGUAAGUUAUUUGAGUGGAAAGAAGAAUUUAAAGCCUUUAGAUGGAAUGUGGAGCAUUGAGAUUUUGAUGAAGAGACUACUGGUGUGGUGGAAUUGGAGCUCAAUUGCUGAAACAUGCAGGAUUUGUGUUUCUCCAGAAUUUUUUGCAGCUUCAAAUGCGUAGCAUAUAUGCAUUAAGGUGUGAAAUAUUGAAGAUUAAAGAAUAUAAGCCACUUGAUUUUGGAAUUUCAAACUUAAUUUUGGAAAAUAAUUCUUGAUCAAAUUUCACUUUAAAUUGGUUUUCAAGGAGUGCAGAGAGACAAGUAAACAUUUUGGUUGAUGUGUAACCAAUGUGGUGGAAGGUGCUCAGGUAAACCUAAAAGGGAUGAACAUGUAAUUGUGAAAUUUGAAUCCUUCAGUCCAAUGCCCCGCCUGUUUUAUAUUAGAGCAAGACGGAUGUCGAUACUGCUUAGAUGAAAAAUUUAUCGUUAAAAUUUAUGUUUACAUGUUUAUUCAUUCAUAAAAUGUUGUGGCAUAAGAUUUA